AUGGGGUCAUUGAGAAGUUGGACUGGAGAUAGAGUUGAAGCUGUGGAUGAUAAAGGAGGGGAUGGAAGCAGAAAGCAAUUGACAGAUUUUGAAGUUAAUAAUAAUGAAGUUAAACCUCUUUCAAGGCAUGGAACUUUAGCCUUUUCUUCUUCAUCAGAUUCGUCUCAGGACCCUGAACUCAAAUCACCAGCACAUUUUCGUGUUUCAUUUGCGGGUUCAACUGAGUUGUUCCCUGAAAAUCACAUGCCUUCAGGGCAAGUUGCUGGAGGCUAUGUACCAAAUCGAAUACCAUCAUCUGUUUUUAGUAGUAAGCCUGCAACACCAAUGGAUUGGAGCACUGCUUCAAAUGAAUCAUUAUUCAGCAUUCAUAUUGGAAAUGGCAGCUUCUCAAGGGAUCAAUUUUUUAUGUUACAUAAAUCUGGAGAAUUGACCAAGUUAGAUGAGCAGAUCAUUGCUCAAGGUCACCUGCUGCCUUCUCUGAAAGAAUUAGAGGACAUGGCUAGAAGGAAUGAAAAUAUAGACAAGGAUUCAGAAGCAACAGAAAUGUCAAAAAAUACAACAGCAAAGGUGGUUGAAACCAGUGAAGUUGCAGAAGAUCGUAGCAACCAAAAGAUGCCUCUGGCUGAAGAGGUCCACAAUCCAAUUAGCAAUACCCCAACAGUGGAUCUUGGUUCAGUUGCAGGAAAUAAUAGCCAGGAAAAGAAAUUCCCAGCAGAGGUCCAUAAUUCACCUACCAAUAGCAUUUCUGGCCAUUCUGAUGGGUGCAAAAACGGCACUCUUUCCUUUGCCUUCCCUGUGUUGACAGGUACUAGUGAUGCUGGAACAUUUAGCCAUGUGAAUGGUGACCAAAACAACAAAGGAUUACAGGCACAGUCAGUAAAGCAGCAGAAGCAGCAGCAGGAGGAGGAACAGGAUCAGAAGCAAUCUACAGAGGAAUUACAACCACAAAUUCCUGUUACACCCCAAAAUGCUUAUAGGCGCAGUUGGUUUUCCUGCUUCUAUUGCUGCCGCUGUUCAUGA